AUGAGUAAAAAGCCUCCAAAUCGUCCUGGAAUUACAUUUGAGAUUGGUGCUCGUUUGGAGGCACUGGACUACUUACAAAAAUGGUAUCCAUCUCGCAUUGAGAAGAUAGAUUAUGAAGAGGGGAAGAUGUUGGUUCAUUUUGAACGUUGGAGUCACCGCUAUGAUGAGUGGAUUUACUGGGACAGCAAUAGGUUGCGACCCUUGGAGCGACCAGCAUUAAGGAAAGAAGGGCUGAAAGAUGAUGAAGAAUUUGUUGAUUUUAAACCUGGAGAAGAAGUCCUAGCUCGUUGGACAGAUUGUCGAUACUACCCUGCAAAGAUUGAAGCAAUUAAUAAAGAGGGAACAUUCACAGUACAGUUCUAUGAUGGUGUUAUUAGAUGUCUUAAGAGGAUGCAUAUCAAAUCUAUGCCAGAAGAUGCAAAAGGGCAGGCGCGCGAGAGGGAGCAGAUAGCGCCGGAGCUGAGAUUAGUCACGGAAAUCGAACCAAAAGAAGAUUGGAUAGCUUUGGUCAAAGCUGCUGCAGCAGCAGCAGCCAAGAACAAAGCAGGAAGUAAACCUAGAACCAGCGCAAACAGCAAUAAAGAUAAAGAGGACAGAAAAUGGCUAAAAGUUCCUUCAAAAAAAGAAGAAACCUCAACCUCUACAAUCAUGCAGGAAGUCCAAAAAAAGGAAGAGGAGCCUACAUCUAGUGACGCAUUUGGUUUUCCUGUAGUGGAUGUUCCAAAGAUGGCCUUUGUGCAGGCAGAGAGCACAUUAUCACACAAGAGGAAAUGUAAUCUAGGCAACUCAUUUCAGGCAAAGAGAGCUCGUCUUAACAAGAUCACUGGUUUGUUGGCAUCCAAAGCUGUUGUUGCGGAUGGUGCUGAAAAAAAGGAAGGCAACAAAGAAACAGCUCCAGUCCUGGAGCAGGAGAUUUCACCUAAACCACAAAGUCAGAAAAAAAAUGAAGCUGAUAUUAGCAGUUCUGCCAACAAUCAGAAACCUGCACUGUUAUCCUCAACUUUGUCUUCAGGAAAGGCUCGCAGCAAGAAAUGCAAACAAGAAUCUGGAGAUUCUUCUGGGUGUAUAAAGCCCCCUAAAUCGCCACUUUCCCCAGAAUUAAUACAAGUCGAGGAUUUGACGCUGGUCUCUCAGCUUCCUUCUUCUGUGAUAAAUAAAACUAGUCCAUCACAGCCAGUGAAUUCCCCUAGAUCCUACAAACAUAGCCAACGGAGAAGAAGAUCACAGCGUUUAGCCACUUGCUCCUUGCCUGAUGAUUCUAUAGAAAAAGUUUCUUCUCCCUCUUCGGUUACUGAUGGAAAAGUGUUCUCCAUCAGUGGUCAAAAUCAACAGUCAUCAAAAUUGGAGGUACCUGCUGUUGCUCAUAUAUCACUUGAGAAGCGUGGACCGUGUCUCCCUCUUGAUUUAAGCCGUAGUUCGGAAGUUACAGCGCCAUUAUCCACAGAAUCCACUUUCCAUAAUGAAUACCCCAAUAAAGACAAGGAAGAUAUUCAGAUGAUUACAUAUCUUUCUUCCAAAGCAGUAACUGAUGGAAGAGUAGCUACAACAGCGUCAGGUGCAGUGAGAAUGGAAAGAAAAGGAAAACUGGAAGAGAAAAUUUCUUCAACAUAUGGUAAAAAGAAAGAAAAAGAAAAGGAGAAAAAAGAAAAAAAGGAGAAAGAUCAUAAAUCAAAACAGAAAAAGAAGAAGAAGAAAAAGAAGAAAUCUAAACAGCAUGAUUAUUCAGAUUAUGAAGAUAGUUCUGUUGAAUACUUGGACAGGUGCUCCUCCCCAUUAACACGGUCUUCGGGGAGCUCUCUAACUUUGCGCAGCAUGUUCUCAGAGAAGAAUGCAUCAUACCAGUAUCCAAGAGCUAUCUUGUCUGUUGACCUUAGUGGAGAAAACCUUUCAGAUGUGGAGUUCUUGGAUGAUUCCUCUACAGAGAGUUUGUUACUUAGUGGUGAUGAAUACAAUCAGGAUUUUGAUUCAACUAACUUUGAAGAGUCUCAGGAUGAAGACGAUGCUCUCAAUGAAAUUGUUAGAUGCAUCUGUGAACUGGAUGAAGAAAAUGGCUUUAUGAUUCAGUGUGAAGAGUGCCUGUGUUGGCAACACAGUGUAUGCAUGGGGCUGUUAGAGGACAGUAUUCCAGACCAGUACAUCUGUUACAUCUGCAGAGAUCCACCAGGUCAGAGGUGGAGUGCCAAAUAUCUUUAUGAUAAAGAAUGGCUAAACAAUGGACAUAUGUGUGGAUUAUCAUUUUUGAAAGAAAACUACUCUCAUCUUAAUGCCAAAAAGAUUGUGUCAACACAUCACCUAUUGGCAGAUGUAUAUGGUGUAACUGAAAUAUUGCAUGGACUGCAGUUGAAGAUUGGGAUAUUAAAAAAUAAGCAUCACCCAGACCUUCAUCUCUGGGCUUAUUCAGGGAUGCGAAAAGAGCAAGAACAAGUAACUGUUGGGGUAGAGAAAAAAUUAAUGACUUUGCCAGAUUCUGUUAAUUCAACUGAAAGGACAUGUCACAGUCAAAACCAUAAAGAGCUACCCAGUAUACCCCAGAAGAUGGAAGAAACAUACAUCACAAGUGAGCACAGUUAUCAAAAACCACAGAGUUUUGGUCAAGACUGCAAAACAGUCACUGAUCCUAUGAGCUCAGAUGAUGAAGAUUCAAGUAGUUUUGAGGAAGAUCAGGAAUUUCACACAGAGAAUAAAAACUGUUUACAAUAUUCUUUUAAAGAUGGUGGCAUGAAUGAGCAGAAUUCUGCUGAAGGAAACACUGUGUUUGUUUGUAAUGAAAGAAGAGGUUCAGAAGAACAAGUGGAUACACAUCUUCAAUGGCAGCUAAAUCUCCUUACCCACAUAGAGAAUGUACAGAAUGAAGUCACCAGCAGAAUGGACCUGAUAGAAAAAGAAGUUGAUGUGCUGGAAAGCUGGCUUGAUUUCACUGGAGAACUGGAACCACCAGAUCCUCUGGCAAGGUUACCUCAGCUCAAGCGACGUAUCAAACAGCUCUUAAUUGACAUGGGGAAAGUACAGCAAAUAGCAACACUUUGCUCUGUAUGACA